AAAUCCAAGCAUCUGGCAUCACUGGCCGACCGACAUACUGGCAACACAAUCGUUUUCAUUUGCUCGGCGGAGGAAGUUCUAUUCUUUGUUGCGUUUUUAUUUAAUUGUCAGCCGCAAUGCAGGACCAAACUAAGUCCGAGAUGAAGCCCAUACGCAAGGAGAUCCUGAAUCCGGGCAAUGCCUACAUCGAGCUGAAGCCUGGCACCCGGGUGAAGUUCCACUUUCAGACGCGCAGGGCCGGAAACAGCCGCAUCAUUGACGACAGCCGCAAAAUGGGGAAGCCCAUGGAGUUGGUGCUGGGCAAGAAGUUCAAGCUGGAGGUCUGGGAGGUGAUAGUGCAGCAGAUGUCGCUCAACGAGGUGGCCAAAUUCACCGUGCACAAGUCGCUCUGCGCCCAGUAUCCGUUCAUAUCGAAGACACUGCGGGAUAUCGGCAAGAAGCCCGAGGAGCGGCGUCACUGCUGCGGCAUGACCUUGCAGAAUGAGGGCAUCGGCUAUCCUGAUCUGGACGAGCUGCUGCAAAAUCCCGCCGAGCUGGAGUUUAUCAUCGAGCUGACAUCCAUCGAACUGCCCGAGCAGUAUGAGAAGGAACGCUGGCAGAUGUCCGACGAUGAGAAGAUGCUGGCCACAAGCACUCUACGUGAGCGUGGUAAUAACUUUUACAAGGCCAGACGGUUCUCGGAGGCAGAGACAUGCUAUCGCGAGGCAGUGGGUCUUGUCGAACAGCUAAUGCUCAAGGAGAAGCCACACGACGACGAGUGGCAGGAGCUGGCGGCCAUUAAGACGCCGCUGUUGCUGAACUACGCGCAGUGUAGGCUGAUUGCCGGAGACUUCUAUGCCGUAAUCGAACACUGCAACGAGGUUCUCAAUCUGGAUCCGCGCAACGUCAAGGCUUUGUUUCGACGAGCCAAGGCCCAUGCUGGGGCGUGGAAUCCGAUGCAGGCGCGACGUGACUUUAUCGACGCUUUGGCCCUGGACGCCACACUGAAGGCGACAGUGGCCAAGGAGUUGAAGCUGAUUGAGGAACAGCAGCAUGCCCGCAACGUCCAGGACCGCAUCCACAUGCAGAAGCUGUUCUAGAACAUAAGUUCCGUCAACGUCCUGCUCAUGCUGCUGGUAUAUUGGAGCAGCUACCUGCAGCGCUAGCAGUACCUGUCUCUGCCCCCACUCCUGUCGCUGGCCGUCACCCUGGCCCAUUGCCUGGUGCUACUCUGCUCAUUGGCUAAUCUCAUUCUCUGCGGCUGGACACUCAGAAAGCUGGUGCGAGCGAUGCAACGACGACGACGGGCCUGCUGGUGACAAAAACAAUCAACUAACGGCAGGCAAUUGUUCCAUCGCCGCCUUCAUUACACUGUGAGAGAUGCAUUUCGGAACACUACUCAUCAUUCUGCGCAACGGUUUUCCCUCGAACAAAUAAAUCACUCAUCCCGAGUCGUCAUAGUCUAAGUAGUAGAAGAUAGGGGCUGGAUGCCUCCAUACUAAUCAGUUGUAUGUGUGUAUAUUAAAUGUAAGAUGUUGUUCACGUAGCGUUAACCAAAACAGAAACAAACAUAGAUGAAUAUGUGUUGUCCAUAGUCUCUAGUAAGUAUAAAUAUCCUGUAUGCCAUAUUCAACCCUCCCCGUAGCUAGACUUGACUUUAAGAUCUAGAAGGAUUUUGUUGUAAGGUGUAAUAAAUGUGCUUUUGGUGCUGUCUAUUUGUUAAACAUG